AUAAACGUGCGGUGUUUUUCUUUCGAAUUAUUUAAGUUGAAUUCAAACCUAAAUAUCGAAUAUUUUGAGGAAAAAGCGGGUACAGAAAUGAGUGGAAUGGCAGAGAUCGAGGACCCAAGCCGGCGAAAUGAGCUGGAAGAAGAGAUGUCACGGUUUGAACAAGAAAUAGCAGAACAUCCAAUUUCAAGGCCAGUCAUAGCCACAAACACAUUUCGUAUGGCAUCACAAGCAAUCCAGAAUGCAGCUACUGUUCCAGAGGUUAAACCACAACAAGAAAUGCCUAAUAACCAGCAUUUUGUCCAAGGAGCACACCCACGUCCAUUAUUACAACCUUCUAAUCCUAAUUUACGACCACCAGUUGUCCAGGGCACUUUGAAUCAAGUCCGUCCUCAUAUGCAGGGUCCAAUCCGACAUCCUGUGCAAGCCCCUCCCAAUCAGUUACGUGGUCCUCGAAUACCCCAUACCAUGACAUUGCCACCCAGGAUGCCUCCUAUGGUACCACAAAUGGUCCCUAAUCCUGGAGCCAUGCCUGUUAUGGGCCCUGUAGCAGUACCCAUGGUCCCAGUACCCAUGCCUGUUCCGUUACCUGGUAUGCCAGUGGCAGGGCCAGUUGGUGCCACAGCCGUGCCAGUAAUGACUCCUGAGGAACAGAAAGAGUGGGGAUCUACAUAUUCACAGGCUGGGAACUCAGAGGCAAAGGAUAAAAAAAAACCUAAAGAGAAAAAAUUUUUGAGGGUGGCAGGGAACCAAGUGUGGGAGGAUUCGUCAUUAGCAGAGUGGGAGAAUGACGACUUUCGUGUGUUUUGCGGUGAUCUUGGAAACGAGGUUACUGACGAGAUCCUCACAAGAACAUUUGCAAAAUAUCCAUCUUUACUAAGAGCUAAAGUUGUGCGUGAUAAAAAGACAAACAAAAGCAAAGGGUAUGGAUUCCUUAGCUUCAAAGAUCCAAAUGACUUUGUCAAAGCUAUGAAGGAAAUGAAUGGCAAAUAUAUUGGGAAUCGACCAAUCAAGCUUAGGAAAAGUACUUGGAAAGACCGCAGUAUAGAAGCUGUUAAGAAGAAAGCAAAAGAAAAGAAGCGCUUGGGUUACAGAUAACAAUAAUGUGGAAGAAAUGCGAAAUGCGAACUUAGAAUGUUAUUAGUUCCAUUAUAACCUUGUAUCAUAAAUUCCUUGUGAAUAUGAUGCAGAUGUUUGUAAAAGGCAAAAAUUUAGUCUGUCUACUGCUAUUUAGUGAAGAAGGCACCAAGCCAGCAGAUGAAAUGCAGUUCAAGCUUUUGUGAAGGCUGUAGAUUCUUCCUUUCAGUUUGAUUACUUACUUUAGUACCAAAUCUUUUGUUAAAAGUAAACUAGCAGGUUUGACAAGGAUUGGAAAUUUUCUAUUCAAACUGGAAAUCUCUUUUGAAAAUGACCAUUUCAAUUAAUCCUCAUGCUUAUAAAAACUAAUAAGGGAAAUGGUUGGUUGUAAAUACUAAAUAUACAGUCUUCUUUUGUGAAAUUUGUGCUUAUUCUUUAUUUAGCAAGUAGAUUCCAUGUUACACUUUUUCUGUCCAGCAGUAGAAAGAACAAUAAAGGGGUACAUGAGGGGCAGCCUUUGACCCAUAAGAAUGA